AUUUCCUCCAGACAAACACCCCAUGGCCCCCAACAACCCAUUCAUCGACGCCUUCCACGACGCCUGUUUCGAGGGCAACCUUCCGCAAACCCAAGCCCUUCUCGCAAGCGGGCGCCUCAUCAGCCCCACGGACCUCGACGAGGCCCUCAACCUCGCCACCGGCGAAGCGCACCCAGACAUCGUAACCGCGCUCUUCGCCGCCGGCGCCCGCGUCACCCGCGAUUCCGCGAGCUUCCUGACCGGCAAAUCCGGCCAUCAGCACCCGAGCAUCGUCCGAUGCUACCUCGACCACGGCCUCGACCCCAACAGCGUAGUCUCCAACGGCGAGCCUCUUCUGCGGGAAUCCAGCUUCUUGAAAGACCCCGCCUGCGCGCGCGAAUUACUCUCGCGGGGCGCGGACCCCAACCGCCGCGGGCCCAGGGGCGUCACGCCCCUGGCCUGCGCUCUGGAAUACGUCUGCGAAGACACAUCGCUCUUCGAGCUGCUCGUCGAACACGGAGCGAAGCUGGAGGCGGACCUGCUCUUCGAGGCGGUCAGUUCGCGUGGGGAGGGCGGGGGCGGGGCGGGGUGCAAGACGCGGUUCUUGCUGGGGAAGGGGCUGGAUCCGAACACGACCUCCCCGGAAUGGGGCACGCCUUUGCAUCGGGCGGUCUCUCUUGCGAAGGAGGAGGUCGUGCGGGUGCUGCUGGAGGCGGGCGCGGAUCCCGCGGCGAGGGUGCGUUGCAGGCAAUUCGCUGACCAAAGCCCCUCGGAAGUCGCCGAGAGGCGUCGGCUGAGGAACCCUGAACUGCUGGCUUCGCGUAGGACUAUACUUGAGAUGCUCCUCCGGUCUUGAGCAGCGGGGCGGGGUGAAGGUGGUCGGCCGGUUGGAUAGGAUAGUAUCAAACCCUUGGACCAUAAGAAC